UAGCAUAUGGAAUAAUUCUUACACAUGGAGCAUCAGGAGAUAUGAAUCUUCCUCAUUUGAUGUCACUGGCAUCUCAUCUUGCAUCUCACGGGUUUUUCUGCCUGAGAUUUACUUGCAAAGGCCUUAAUAUUGUACAUAGAAUUAAGGCAUAUAAAGCAGUUUUGAAUUACUUGAAGACCUCAGGAGAAUACAAACUUGCUGGUGUUUUUCUUGGAGGUCGUUCGAUGGGCUCAAGAGCAGCUGCUUCUGUAAUGUGUCACACUGAGCCAGAUGAUGCGGAUGAUUUUAUUCGAGGUCUCAUUUGUAUUUCUUACCCACUGCACCAUCCAAAGCAGCAGCAUAAACUCAGAGACGAAGAUCUCUUUCGUAUAAAGGAUCCUGUACUAUUUGUGUCGGGCUCAGCAGAUGAAAUGUGUGAAAAGAACUUGUUGGAGAAAGUAGCACAGAAAAUGCAAGCCCCCAGUAAAAUUCAUUGGAUUGAGAAGGCAAAUCAUUCCAUGGCAGUGAAAGGACGGUCUACAAAUGAUGUAUUCAAAGAAAUAAACACUCAGAUCUUGUUUUGGAUCCAAGAAAUCACUGAAAUGGACAAGAAAUAAUUGUCAUUAAAAGCCAUGUUCUGAGUAAAAGUACGGUUGGUUAAUUUCGUCUCAGCAUUGUGAGAUGUAUUUCAGACUAAUGUUCUUUAAUGUUGCCCUAUUUUUGAAACAUUGUAUCGUGAAAAUAUCCUUUACAAGAUGUCUUUUGAAAGCACUGUUAUAGUUAUAUGAAGAUAAUGUACAAAUAUUGAAGGUUGACUAUAAUUUAUUUUCAUUAGUAUAGUUGUUUUGAAAAAUUAAACAUUUGCAUUUUGUUACA